AUGCCGAAAAUGUCAAAGGAUGGAAAGUGCGCAACGAGUUCUUGCCUCCAGCGCCAAGAGGAAAAUGACUUUGCCGUCCAAACCUUUCGUCUGAGUCUGCAGAGCCGUGGUCCCUUCCGCUGUUUUGUCUCCGCACAGCAUGGGGACGAGGCGCUGAUGUACAAAGUCUACGAACUCUCUACCAUUUUCAAUGCUCUGUUCUGGCCCCUAAGCAUCUUUUGCCUCUCCUUCGUCACCAUUGCCAUUCUCUGCACCACAGACCAGUGCAAAGUGUGGAAUGCCGAUGCACUACUUAUCACCUAA